AGCAAAACUUUGGAAAGAUGCAGUGCAAAAUCCAUCUAUCAAUUCUAUAGAUCAUAUAAAAUUGAACAAAAGUUACUGUGUUUGCAAGCUUCAUUUUUCACUUGAUGAUUAUUUACUUCAUACUAAAAGACCGACAUUGAAGUCUACCGCAAUACCAAGAUUUUUUCUACCAGGAGAUAACAAAGAUUUCCUGCAAUAUAUUUCAGUGGUAAUAACUAAACCGUUUUGAAAAUCUGUAUCCAUCAAAAAUUUGUCCAUGAUUUAUCCCAAUAAUAAUUAAACAAUUUGAAGAUAUAGAUGUGUAUGUAAGGUAUCAAGAAUGAAGCAAUAAUAUCAAUUCUAUAGAAAAUAUAAACUAUUGCUGUUGCAAAUUUACUUCAUGAUUACUUCUUAAUAAAACUAAAUAACCAAACUAUCUCAGUAACAUUCUUUUCUGCUAUAGAUAUAACAAUAGUAAAUGCCAAGUAUUUUAAUAGUAAUAAUCAUAUAAUUCUUUUAGCUCUUUAUCAUACCAAUAUUUUUACUAUUUACUCAGAUGGGAGUCAAACAAAUCUAAACUGUACAUUUACUUAAUUAUAUCUUGGUAUGCAAAUUAUAAUUGCAAUGUAGGUGAACAUAUAUUUAAUAGUUUCUGUUUAUUACCAAUGUCAUACAAUUUAUAGAAUACUGCUUUACACUUGAUUUUCUAAAAUUUUAUGAAAUAUCAGACCAUUAACUGUAUAUCUGCUACUUAGUCCAAUUAUGAUAUAGAAUGUUGGUUAGUUUCUUUAUAUUUUUUAUACGUUUGUAAUUUGAGUGUUAAGUAAAUGUUAAUGGUAUUAAAUAAAAAUUUAACAUUUCUACUGCUUGUUAUUGAAAACAAUCGAAGUAAAAUGCGUGAAUUCGACGACGAAGAAUUCAAAGCGCGAACACUAAUCUCCAAUUAGAUAUCAGUACGUCAUAUCAACACUGGAGGGCGCAAAGUUUUCAAAUGAAUAAACCAUUAUUUAGAUGGCGACUGCUUUCCUUAUUGGAAAGUAAGUGCAGUAAUAUAAUGUCCACAUGCAGUGCACAAGGUUGCAAUUCAAAUCAAAACACAAAAAUUAAUGGAAGGAAUAUUCACUUUUUCCCUUUCCCGACGGAUGUUUCAUUAAAAGAACAAUGGGAAUAUGAAUCCAAUUUGUUACAUGAAAAAGACUGUGAAAAAUAUAAUCUCCAACUAUGUGAACUACAUUUCGACAAGUCUAAUUUCACAGAAGAUAAUAUAAUAAAUCCUAAUGCUGUCCCAACGAUCUUUGAAUUUCCUAAAAAACGAAAAUAUGAUAAUGCACCCAUUCAACACAUACUAUCAGAAGUUAAGGAACCAGUGAUUAAGCAAAUAAAAUUGGCGGAAGAUACUCACAGUUUAGUAACUCCACCACACAGUCCAUCAGCCCAAUUAAUACCAGCAAUAAAUGGAAAGGUCAAAGUUGAAAGCACAACUGUAAAAAGAGCACCACUUGAUAAUGAACAAUGUGCCUUUAAACAAAUUGGCGUAUCAACUUCAUUAUUCACCAAGCAAAUAGAUAUAGGGAAGAAAGUGUAUCGCCUCACAAUACGCAUUGAUAAAACUCGUGCGCGUCCGUGUCCAAAAUCAAAGAAAAUGAAUAUGACUCCGCAACCGGAAAACAAGAUACAAGAAAAAAUACAGAAAACAAAUGAAUCUCAUUCAAACGAUAGAUUAACAAUACAGAGAGAUAAUAAAAGUCGUCAAAAUUCAUCUUGCGACAUUGCAGGUUGUAAGUUACAAAAAACUCUGCUCAACAAAAAACCUGUAUUCAAGUGCGAGUGUUGUGCACGAUAUUACAUUGUCAAAAGGAGUACUGGGCAGAAUGAAAAAAACAAGUCCUGUUUUGUUUGUCAUUUUGUAUUCCCUACGCGACAAGCAUUGUGUCUGCACAUACGAAAACAUUUUACAUGUGACAUGUGUGGCACGGAAUGCGGUACUCAAAUAUCAUUUAAUAAGCACGCAAGGCAACAUGUAAGUACAGAUCCUACAUUGCCAUACAAGUGUCAUAAGUGCCUGGAAAUCUUUGAAACAAAGAGCGAUGUCAGACAACAUAAUUUUCUAAUACAUUCAGCAGUAAAGUUAGAAAACAAAACUGAUAUGGACAAAAAACCAAUAAACUUGAUACAUUUUCAACAACGGUAUCGCAGACUUGAAUUCACGUGCGAUCUUUGUCAGAAAACUUUCCAAUCAUCAAAGCUAUUGGAUGCGCAUCGCGCAGGACAUAUUGGUACAUUAAAAUUCACAUGUCGGGUCUGCUGCAAAGAGUUUGAUAACGUCGAGGACGUUGAUAUGCAUACAAAAAUACAUUUAGAAGUAGUUAAAGAGGAACACAAAUGUAAUAUUUGUAAAAAAUUGUUUAAAACGGACAGCCUGCUCAAUGAGCAUUUACGCGGUCACCUUUCACGGGCUCAUCACUGCCCAAUAUGUCCCAAAGCAUUUAUCAAUAGGACAACUUUGAGAAUUCAUCUAAAAACGCACAGUGAAGAUUCUGAUCGUAAAGAUGAUCUUAAAAAUAUAAAAACUGAAAGAGGUAAAACCUAUUGUUGCACAUUAUGCAGAGAAGAAUUCAACACUUAUUCUAACAUGUAUAGUCAUAUAAUGACUCAUUUGGAGAAAAUGCAUGAGGACGGCAGUAAAACGAAUAUUGAUGAUCUUGCAGAUAUAUUGGAUAUCGAAGAUUCAUAGUUGGUUUUUUUAUUGGUCAAACAUAUCUUUUCCUAUCAUUUGAUUAUUAAUUCUUUGCAUGAUAUCAGGAUUAAUGUUACGGUAAACUCAUCUCAAAUAUCUUAAUUCCAUUAAAUAUAUUCGAGAUGAACUUCGUAAUUAUUAAUGUGACUUUCACAUACCAAAAACAAAAUUAUUAUAUUAUGCGAGAAAAGAUAGAAUGACUUUUAAAAUACGAUAAGCAGUACCUAUAUAGAAAUAUUUAUUGAUCUAUUGAAACUACUAUUUUUUUUUAAUGAAUGCAAUUGAAAUAAUGAAUAAUAAUGAGGGGGCAUAAUAAAAUUAUUUCGAUAGUUCUUAAGAAAACAAGUCCAUUGUUGAAUUAAAAUUAAUUUGGAACUAAAUUAACGUGUUUUCAAUUUAACAUUAAUGGAAAUAUUCUGAUUUUUUUUACACUCCUUUGGUACUUGAAAAAGAUGAUGUAAAACUUAGUGCUUAUGUAUGAUAAGACUCGUAAUAAAUAAGCAAACAAUAUUCUGGUCAAGAAUGCGAUUUCCAAUACGAUAUUCAUGUAAAUACAACCGAUAAUUUUAAGUGUUAAAGUUGUGAACGAGUUGAUGUUCUAUUUUUAAACGAAUAUAAAAUUUGUAUUUGUAAUCCAUUAAAUGAAUAUUUAUAAUAAUAAAAAUGAAAAAAUCCUCAGUA